UACGUUUCCCCCCAUUCCGUUUCACGCGCGAGCGCGCUACGAUACACGACGCGUACGUACGUCCAGUUCUUGGCUAAGCUUCAAUUUUGCUUUGCUUGCUUCUCGCCGCGAUCGCGCGCCAUGGCGGAUCCGUUCCCGGCGGCGGCGCGCGGCGGCGAGCAGGGUGGUGGCACCGCGGGGCAGCUGGUGUCGACGCCGUCCAGGUUGAGGACGGCGGUGGCGUCCAUGCUCAACCGCACCGGCCACGCGCGCUUCCGCCGCGCCGCCCCCGUCGUCGUGCAGGAGGAGGAGGAUGAGGCGGCGGCGGCGGCGAGGGAUGCGGUCGUGCGGUGUGACGGGCUCAGCGCGUCGGCCAGCUCGUCGUUCCCGUCGUCGGUGACGGGGGUCACCGGCGAUGGGAGCGUGUCCAACGCCCGCGCGGUGCUCCCGGCGGCAGGCGACGGCGACAAGCCGCCACCAAUGCAGUCUGCUUCAGAUUAUGCUUCUGAUGGCCGCCUCAAACGCAGCAGCGACGACGACGGCGAGCGCUGCCACUGCUCCAAGAAAAAACGGAAGGCGUCGUGGAGGGCGAGGCGGCGCAUCCGCGUGCCGGCGAUCAGCUCACGGAACGCCGACAUCCCGGCGGACGACUAUUCGUGGCGCAAGUACGGCCAGAAGCCCAUCAAAGGCUCGCCUUAUCCACGCGGGUACUACAAGUGCAGCACGGUGCGCGGGUGCCCGGCGCGGAAGCACGUGGAGCGCGACCCCGGCGAGCCGGCCAUGCUCAUCGUCACCUACGACGGCGACCACCGCCACGGGGAACCCGGCCAUCGACGUCCCGAUGAGGCGGCAACGACGACGGAGCACAGGACGACUGACCAAACUACUGGAAGAUUGCUCUAGAUAGUAGUGUCUAUGCAUGUAGACUCUAUAAUCUAUAUAUAGAAACAAACUAAUCUAAUCAAUUGACCGUUUGAAUAUUGGUUAAUUUCUUAGUGCUCUUUCAUGCACGUAGUAUUUGCCAAUUGCCAUGUACAUCAUAUCUAGUUUAGACUAUUGACUGAUGUGAUAUCCAUGUAAUUGAUCUGCUACCUCCCUCACUCUCUUGAUUAAGUAUAUGAUGGUUGAUAUUUUCAUGGUUUUUAACGUGCAA